AAGGCAAAGAAAAACAUAAGAAGAACAAAUCUAGAAGGUGGUGGGGACUCUUGUGCGUCACCAGAGGGAGAAAGAAUUUGUAAUCGUCUUCUGUUGAGAAUCGAUUUUGAUUUUUUUUGACAAGAGUGAGGUAUCGAGAGAGAUGGAUUUGAUAUCGGGAGAGAGCUCGAAGGUGUUGAGGAAACAAGGAUUCAGAUCGCUGAAACUGAUGAGUGUGGAUAUGGAGCAGGAGCUCGGAAACGAGCCUGAGCCUUUCGGUGCCGACUACGGAAGACUCGACAAUGGCCUCGUCUACUACGUCCGACGAAACUCCAAACCUAGAAUGAGAGCCGCUCUUGCUCUCGCCGUCAAAGUUGGUUCAGUUUUGGAAGACGAGGAUCAGCGUGGAGUUGCUCAUAUUGUAGAGCAUCUUGCGUUUAGUGCGACAACGAAAUACACGAAUCAUGAUAUAGUCAAGUUCUUAGAGAGCAUCGGCGCUGAGUUUGGGCCCUGUCAAAACGCAAUGACUACAGCGGAUGAGACCAUAUACGAAUUGUUCGUCCCGGUCGAUAAGCCUGAAUUGCUAUCUCAGGCUAUUUCCAUUUUAGCAGAGUUCAGCUCCGAGAUUCGAGUCUCCAAGGAAGAUUUGGAAAAAGAAAGAGGUGCUGUUAUGGAAGAGUACCGAGGCAACCGUAAUGCUACGGGAAGGAUGCAGGAUUCGCAUUGGCAGUUGAUGAUGGAAGGUUCAAAGUAUGCUGAACGUUUACCUAUUGGUUUGGAGAAAGUGAUCCGGUCUGUUCCUGCUGCAACUGUGAAGAAAUUCUACCAGAAGUGGUAUCAUUUAUGCAAUAUGGCAGUUGUCGCUGUUGGUGAUUUUCCAGAUACAAAGACUGUAGUUGAUUUGAUUAAGACACACUUCGAGGAUAAAAGAUCAAGUAGUAAUCCUCCAGAGAUACCAUUCUUUCCUGUUCCUUCUCAUGAAGAUACACGGUUCUCUUGCUUUGUUGAGUCUGAAGCAGCUGGGUCUGCAGUCAUGAUUAGCUAUAAGAUGCCCGUAAGUGAUCUGAAGACGGUGAAAGAUUAUAGGGAUAUGCUUGCAGAAUCAAUGUUUCUGCAUGCUCUUAACCAGAGACUCUUCAAAAUAUCUCGUAGAAAGGACCCUCCAUUUUUUGCGUGCUCUGUUGCUGCUGAUGUCCUGGUGAGCCCAUUGAAGGCCUAUAUAAUGAGUUCUUCUUGUAAAGAGAAAGGAACCCUGGCAUCCCUAGAGUCUAUGCUUCUCGAGGUUGCUAGGGUACGCCUUCACGGGUUCUCAGACCGUGAAAUAUCUGUUGUUCGAGCUCUCAUGAUGUCGGAGAUUGAAUCUGCCUAUCUGGAACGUGAUCAAAUCCAAUCAACUAGCUUGCGAGAUGAAUAUAUACAGCAUUUCCUUCACAAGGAACCUGUUAUUGGGAUUGAGUACGAGGCGCAACUUCAAAAGAGCCUUCUACCCCAAAUAUCAGCUUCAGAUGUAUCCAGGUACUCUGAAAAGUUAAGAACAUCGUGCGGUUGUGUGAUCAAGACAAUGGAACCUAGAUCUGCUGCAACAGUUGAUGACAUGAGAAAUGUUGUCUCAAAGGUUAAUAGUCUUGGGGAAGAAAUGAAGAUUGCUCCGUGGGAUGAGGAAAAAAUUCCAGAAGAAGUUGUCGAUGAGAAGCCAACUCCAGGGGAUGUUACCCACCAGCUUGAAUAUCCAGAAGUUGGGGUUACAGAAUUGACUUUAUCAAAUGGAAUGCAAGUUUGCUACAAGUCCACAGACUUCUUGGACGACCAGGUUCUUUUUACAGGGUUCGCAUAUGGAGGACUUUCCGAACUCCCUGAGAGUGAUUACAUAUCAUGUUCGAUGGGAUCAACGAUUGCAGGUGAAAUUGGUAUGUUUGGUUAUAAGCCAUCAAUGCUUAUGGAUAUGCUUGCUGGUAAGAGGGUUGAAGUUAGCGCAAGACUCGGGCCAUACAUGAGAACGUUUUCUUGUGAUUGUUCACCCACAGACCUUGAAACUGCUUUGCAGCUUGUAUAUCAACUUUUUACUACAAACGUGAUGCCACAAGAAGAAGAGGUUGGAAUAGUGAUGCAAAUGGCAGAAGAAGCAGUCCGUGCUCGAGAGAGAGACCCUUAUACUGUCUUCGCCAACAGGGUGAAGGAACUCAACUAUGGAAAUUCUUAUUUCUUUAGGCCUAUUCGGAUAAAUGAACUACGAAAAGUUGACCCGGUGAAGGCCUGCGAAUACUUUAACAGUUGCUUUAGGGAUCCAUCAACUUUUACAGUUGUGAUUGUAGGGAACCUUGAUCCUAGUAUCGCUCUUCCUCUAAUUCUUCAGUAUUUGGGUGGAAUACCUAAGCCUUCUCAACCGAUUCUCAACUUCAACCGUGAUGAUCUCAAGGGCUUACCAUUCACUUUCCCUACUAAGAUAACAAGAGAAUUUGUACGAAGUCCAAUGGUCGAGGCCCAGUGUUCAGUCCAGUUGUGCUUUCCAGUGCAGUUAACAAAUGGAACAAUGAUCGAAGAAAUUCACUGUAUCGGCUUUUUAGGAAAACUUCUAGAGACCAAGAUAAUCCAGUUUCUCAGGUUCACGCAUGGGCAGAUAUAUUCCGCAGAGGUCUCAGUGUUUCUUGGCGGGAAUAAACCGUCUAGAACAGCGGAUUUGCGUGGUGACAUCAGUGUAAAUUUUUCGUGUGAUCCAGAAAUCUCAUCUAAACUGGUUGAUCUAGCUUUGGAAGAAAUUGUACGGCUUCAAGAGGAAGGCCCUUCGCAGGAAGACAUUUCAGCCAUCCUGGAAAUAGAACAACGAGCUCAUGAAAAUGGCCUGCAGGAAAACUAUUACUGGUUAGACAGGAUUCUACGUGGAUACCAGUCAAGGGUCUACGCUGGCGAUUUGGGCGCUUCAUGCCAGAUUCUAGAAGAAGGGCGUUUGAGAAUGAGAGAGUCACUUGCACCACAAACAGCACAAGCCGCAUUACAGAGAAUCCUCCCUCACCCUUGCAAGAAACAGUACACUGCUGUCAUUCUCAUGCCUCAGAGAUCACGUUUUGGUUUUCUUUCCUCUAUAUUUGCGUCUAGCCCGGAGACCCGCUACAUUCGUGACACCAAGAUUUUGGCAGGCAUUGCUGGUCUAGCUGUUCUUGUUUUUAGCAUCUGGAGAUACUCUCGCAAGUAAAAGUCUAAUCUCUCUUUCUUGUCAUUUUUUAGUGAACCUCGGCGUUUAUUAUUCAAGUUCUCGUACAUUUUUACAAGAGAUUAAGAACCACAAACUUAUUUGUUGCUACAUUUUUUUGUGUCACGACUGUAAUAUUUUAACAGUUUUCGUCUAUACAUUCAGACAUGAAUAAGCUAAAGCCUUCUCUUCA